AUGUCGCGGAGAGUGCCGUUGAAGAAUGGAGACCGCUCGGGCCUGUCGGGCCUGUCGGAUUCGGAUGAGAAAGUCGAGGAGGAAAAAUCGCCUCCUACCAUGAUGAUCCUACAGCUUUGUUGCAUCAGUGCGAUUGAAGGAAUGGAUGCAGGUCUACUUCCUGCCGUGAACUACGCCCUUCAGGAGGACUUGGGACUGAGACUGACCGAUCUGUCAGUCCUUACCCUGGCGCAAGCAGUGGCACAAGCUUUGGCUGCGCCGAUUUGGGGUGUCUUGGCAGACAGGAGAGUGAUCCGACGCAAAACCUUGCUGUCCCUUGGAGCCUUUUUCCAGGGCCUAAGCACCGUGAUGCUCUCGUUUACCACCGGCUUCAGUUGGAUGCUGCUGUUGCGUGUGGUGAAUGGCGCCAUGCUUGCCAGCUUGAAGCCGUUGUGCGUGGGGCUGGUGGCGGGCACCACCUCGGAGACCUCCCGCGGGAGGAUCUAUGGCUACAUUCAGCUAUGUGUCACCUUGGGCAUGAUGGCCGUGGCAAUGAUUGGCACACCCAUGUCCCAUGCCACGAUCUUCGGAUUACAGGGCUGGCGUGUGGCCUUCGUGAUGAUUGGUAGCUUUCCGAUCUUCACCUCCAUGUUGAUCAAGGUCUUCAUGCACGAAGCGCGUCGGGAGAAGACCUGGGAGCCGGGCAGCAAGCGACGGGGCUGCGACGGCGCCAAGGAGGAGCUGAGGAAACUUGGAAGUUACUUUGCCAAACCCACCUUCCUUUGCUUGGUGGGCCAGGGCCUUUUUGGCGCCAUUCCUUGGAACGCCUUCAACUAUUCCACCAUGUACUUUCAGAUCAAUGGCCUCAGUGACACGCAAUCGGCUGGACUCAGCACCAUGUUUCAGCUGGCCUGCGCCAUUGGCAACGUGCUGGGAGGCAACAUCGGUGACGCCAUGGCACGACGCUGUCCUAACCACGGCCGCGCCUUCACAGCCAAUAUCUCGGUGGCCUGUGGCAUUCCCUGUGUUUUUCUGAUCUUCAUGUCCACCCAUCAAACCUUUGCCUACUACGCCGUGCUCUUGGUGGCGAUGGGCCUCACAGCGACGUGGUGUUGCGUGGGAGUGAACUGGCCCAUCUUGUCAGAGAUUGUGGAUCCCCAAUCCCGCAGUGGCGUAAUGGCCUGGGAAAGUGCCAUGGAAGGCGCCAUCGCAGCAUGCCUGGGCAAUGCCGCCGUGGGGUUCUUGGCUCAAGGCCUUUUUGGUUUCGACUUGUCCAAAGAUGCCGAGGGAUCUGGGGACAAUGCUGAGGCGUUGGGCAAGGCCUUGGCUUUCACUUCCGUGCUUCCUUGGAGUAUUUGCCUUCUAUGUUAUCUCAUCUUGCACUGGGCCUUCCCUUAUGAUCGAAGAAUUCUCGCGGAGGAAAAGGAGGUCUGCCUGGAACGCCAUGGUGGCAGAUUGUACUCUGACUCGGAAGGCUCAGAUCUUUCGGAUAAUGAGGCGCCACUGGCGACGGCCGUGCCAAAGACCAUCGCAAGCCACCUGCGUGUCGGCAGCUUUCUCUCUGGUCUCACGAAGCAUGAGCUGAAGGAUGAGGACUUCCCCAAAACCGCCACGCGAGAAUUUAUUGACUUGAUGAAGCACAGCACGCCCUUUGAAGAUGGCCAAGAGAAUGGCAUUGUUGGAGAUGACGCCAGUUGGGUUCAUUACAACUGGCCAGAGGGCUUUCAGCUCACCUUCCGCAGAGAUGGCUAUCCGGAGAGUCUGCCGACCUUCACUCAAUGGGGAAGUGAACGACAAAGUUCCGUCAAGGCCACCAUUGGCAACGGUGGAGCGUUCGUGGAAGAUGGAGAAUACGUUGCUACCUGGGAGGGCAAUGGCAAUAUCUCCUGGGAAGGUGAUGCUUCGCUGCUGCAAAUGCAGGAUAGUCAUACAGCGCGCAUCAUGGUUCAGCCACAGAGUGGUAUCGUGGUGCGCAUCGUUCAAACGGAUGACAGUGAUCCGCUACGAGGUAUCAGUCUAGUUCCGGUGAGUUUGGCAGAGAAUGCAACGGCGCAAAUCUUCCAUCCUCGUUUUCUGGAGAUGCUGAAUGGAACUGCUGUGCUACGCUUCUCCCUGUGGCAGAUGGUGGAUGUCUGGGAACAUGAAGGAUCCCAGACGCGAGUCUGGGAGAACCGGACCCUGCCGACGGAUCAGACGCAAGCAGGCAAAUUUGGAGUUUGCGUGGAGUACAUGGUUGAGCUGGCGAACCGACUGGGUGCAGACCCCUGGUUUUCCAUGCCCAAGGCAGCAGCCACGGAGUCCGACUCAGUGGAUCCUUAUGCUGUUGCUUUUGCAACACUUGUGAAUGAAACACUUCAGAGCAAUCUACGAGUCUAUGUGGAGUAUCGAUCGUGUUGUCGCGCUGGUUUGGCUCCCGGAUGGGACUCAGACAAUGCAGUGCAAUCAUUGGUCUUAUGGCAGAGCUGGGAGCAAGCAUUUGAUCCAGCACGAGUCAUCAAUGUGAUGUCGGCGCUACCGCAGAUGACGAAACUUUACGGCAGCGAUGUGAACAAAGUGGAAGCCGCAGCCAUCGACGUCUCGUUUUCAGAUGUGUGCAAGUAUGGUGAGACACCUUGCGUGGACUUCAAUGCAUUAGAGGCCAAUGCUACCUACGGUGGUCUGAGUCCGUUGCAGCUGAUUGAUGAGGUGGUCCGGCCGGCCAUGCUGAAGCAGGAGGUGGAAAUUAAUGCGAGGGUGCAGCAGGCACUCUACUAUGGUUUCGAGAUCAUUGCGUUCGAUGCCAUGCCGUUGAUCUCUGCCCGAGGGUAUGGCCAUCGCGGCAAUCUGAACUGGGCGCUGGGCUGCGAGUCUUGUUUGAUGCGAACGCUGGGACGACGCUAUGGCGAGAGGGAGCAAACACAGUUAGCAGUGGAUGGAUGGGUCCACGAGGUGGAUUUCCAGGCGUAUGCGGCCUAUCAGGGCAUCGCUGAGGAGGAUCGUGCAGUGGAUUCGGAAGGUAACUAUUGGUUGGUGGGCACACCUGCAGAGGCCAAAGCUCAGUGCCACUCCAUGUCCCACUGUGAUGGUUUCACUUACUUCAAAUCCGGUGAAUGGAGCUGCGGAGUGGGCAACGACCAUCGCUACGGCACCUGCGCCACACCGGGCUGCGCCUACUUCUUCAACCGCACGCGCAUCGAUUCGGGGGAGCGCAAGCCGCCCACGCACUGCUCGGCGUUUACGGUAUAUGGUGAUCCCUGGAACCAAUGCGUGGUUGGACGGUUGGAUACCUAUUUCAAGGUGGAUGCCACUAUUCCAGGCUUCAGCAGCGCCGGCGAGGCAGAUCUGGCGGCAAGGACGUCGUGCGUGGAUUCGUGCAAGAUCGCCUACACACCUGCACCGUGGGAUCCUCCAGCAGAAGGCUAUACUUUAGACGAUCUCCGGGACCUUUUGCCCACGGUCAUUGCAGCCGCUGCGGCGGAACAAGACUUGGAAAAUCGCAUGAUUGAGGCGUUCCGUGAACCCGUCAUGGAAGAUUUGAUGUUGGAGUACCUGGAAAGGCUGCGGCAAAUUGGUUUCUCAACCGUCAUUAGUGGUCAAAUGGUCCGGGAAGUGAAAACGUGCCGAACAGGAGGUAAAGCCUGCGGCCAAGCCUCCGUGAUGCUCCACUGGGACGAUGACUCGCCCCUGCGCAAGGCGCUCACGGGCUACGUGCAGGGCCGCAGGGUGCGGAAGGUGCAAGACGAGGCGCCGGCCGCGACGUGUCCGCAAAGUUGCGUCCAUGGCAUUUGCGAACAGGGCUCUUGCAAGUGUUGGAAGGGUGCCAGUGGUGCUGAUUGCUCCGUGUUGGCACCUGUGGAUUGCCAUCGCGGCCGCAAGCUGGGCUUGUCGUUGUCGGGGGUGAGCUACUGGACCAGGGAGUGGAUCUUUGUGGAUGUCUUCAAACAUGUGGGUGAAUGGAUUGCGCAAGAACUGACCUCCUAUGACUGGAAUACAGGUACAACGUUGGACGUGAGAAGUGAUGGAUACCCUGCGCGAUUGCACUUGAACCAGGUCGCCACACUGCUGACAGUCCGUGAUGUGGAACGACACUAUGUGGAUGGUUGGUAUACCGUUCUGUAUGAUGGAGAGGGUAUCCUCGACUUCAACAUGGACGUGACCUGUGUACAUCGCAUAGCGCGGAAUCACAUUCGCAUCUAUGUGAAUCUGACCACGGGCAUGAACAAUGGUAUCGGCAUUCGUCUCACCGAUACAAAAGAAGACGAUCCUGUCAGGAAUAUUCGCAUCAUCACUCCAGGUUUUGAGGAAACCUAUUUGACAUCUCCGUUUCAUCCAGCAUUCCUGGCCAGCCUGGAAAACUUCACAGUCCUACGCUUCAUGGAUUGGAUGCAUGCCAACAGCGGCAACACUCCAGAGGAAUGGGAAGAUCGGGUGACACCUAGCUACUACACUCAAGGCAGUCACCCUGGAGUGAGUUUGGAGUACAUGGUCCGCUUGUCGAAUGAAGUCGGAGCAGAUCCCUGGUUCUCCGUGCCCAUCAACGCCACAGACGACUACAUUCAGAACUUCGUGCAGUACGUGUCGGAUCACUUGCGGCCUGACCUGGGGAUGUACAUCGAGUUGGGCAAUGAAGCAUGGCACGGCAAAUUCUUUGGAGGACAGUGGGCCCAACAGCAGGGGGCAGCCCUGGGUCUGUCGCAGCUCUGUUGGUACGCCCUUCGCAGCGGCGAGAUGGGGCGCAUGGCCAAAGCGAUCAUCGGACAGACGAGGAGCUUGACGGUGGUGGCCGGCACACAGGCCUCGAAUUGGGAUGCCAUGAGUCAGUUGCUCCGUUGUGACGGCAUCAACGACACUGACGCCUUCGGCGUGGGGCCGUACUUCAACGGCUACGGCGUGCUGCCGAAUCCUGACGAUGACUUGGAACUGCUGCUGGACUCCUAUGAAACGGAAGUACAAACCUCCAUCCAAUGGGUGAAGGACCAUAAGGCGGCACUGGAAGGUACGCAGUUCAAGUUGCUCUCCUACGAGAGCGGUCCUGCUGGCGAGGGCGAUGGCAGUGCCACGGAUCUGGCCAUCCAGGCACAUCGCAACCCGCGCAUGAAGCAAAUUCUCAGUACAUAUCUUGAGGAAUUGGACAAAGACCUGGACCUCAUGAUUUACUUCGCCAGCUGCGGUCGUCCCUCGCAAUAUGGCAGCUGUGGCAUGAUCGAAGCCAUGGAUCAGCCAAGGGACCAGGCCUACAAGUACCAGGCAGUGCAGGACUUUCUCAACAGCCAAGCGCCGCCCGCAACAUGUUCCCCGGAGGGAACGGAUUGCGAAGCUGCAGCGGGCUGCUCAGGCAACGGCCUGUGUGGUGCAGAUGAUCAGUGCUAUUGCUACAGAGGAUAUUCGGGUAACACUUGUUUGGACGCCUCCUACACAGACUACAGCUCCUGUGGCUAUCGCUGUACCUUUGACCAGGGCCUCUGUGAAGUGAAUGAAGUGAUCGGAAACCUUCGAAGUUGGGCUUGCAACUGCCGAGCAGAAUAUAGCGGUGGCAAGUGUUCUCGCUUUUCCUGCCCCAAUGGAUGCAAUCAACGAGGGCAUUGCAUUGCCAGUGGAGUUUGCAGCUGUUUUCGUGGCUUCCGGGGCGACACCUGUGAGAUCGACUGCGGAUGUGGACAUCAUGGGCAAUGCGACUCCAAGAACGAAUGUAUCUGUGAUAAAGGCUGGCGCAAGUCUAGCGCCACCGGCUGUGAGUGGGACUGUGACACCGUGGACACCUUGGGAUGUACUGGUCCAGGUCAAAAUGCCUGCGGCACUUCUUGCCAGCAUGGCACAUGUCUGGGUGGUCGCUGUCACUGCUGGGCUGGGUACCAUGGUGCUGAUUGCUCCACCCUGACGAGUUCGUUGCUGGCGCAUCAGGGGGCAGCCUUUGGCAUCAACGUGGCAGUCACGCCGUCAACCUUCGUGGACGUGAUGAAGACCACCCGGCACUGGACCAGCAUUUGGGAUGCAGAUACACAGCCUGGACAGUUCAGUUACCAGGGCGGCAGCGUGAUGUGGAGCUCCAGGCAAUACGAAUGGGGCAACGGCCUGGAGAUCAACGAAAGCGCGGAUGGCUAUGUGAGAUCUCUGAAGCAGGAUCAGGCCGUCAUCACCCUAGCCCUUCGGGACGUGUGUCUUCACGCGCCCAAGGGGCGUUACGUGGUCACCUACGACGGGGAUGGAGAGAUCGAUUUUGGCAUGGACGCCACACCUGUGGCAUUCCAAAAAGGUCGGAUCGAUGUGGACUUUGAACCAACUUGUCGACGCGAGUGUUGGUUUGAUCGCGCCGGGUGGCUGCCAUACUGCAGCGACAAUGGCAUUGGCAUCACCAUUCGCAGAGUGAAUCCAGCGAACCCACUCCGAAACGUGCGCAUCAUUAUGCCAGGCUUCUUUGCAACUCAUGAAGUCGAACCUUUCCAUCCUUGGUUCUUGAAGAACCUUGAACGCUUCUCCACUGUUCGUUUGAUGGACUGGACUCACAUCAACUCAGAGCACUUCAUCAAGCGCACGCCUUUCACGCCUCGCUAUUUGCGAUUCACUUCCACUGCCACCCAUGGGGGGGCUUGCCCAGGAUCUCGGAACUCCUUUUUAAGGGCACACAAGGAGAAACCGUAA